UUCACUAACACCCUACACACCCUAUAUCCACUACACACCCUAUAUCCAGACAACGUUACGGGAAGCGCGUCAUUCCGUCGACGCCGGCUCGCUCAAGCGGAGCUCGAGCUUCGACGCAGCCAGCCAAGUAGUGGACGCCCUCAGGAACAAUUUGUCCACUUUAUCAGCAGACAACAAUCAAACUGGCACACGCACUGGCAAUGCACGUAAAGACACCAAGAGCACCAGUCCACACACACACACACACACACCACGCACUGACAGUGGUUUGACUGUGGUUGUGGGUGCGGCGGAGGGGCGGAGUGGGGCUGCUCCGCCACCGCCGCGGCCGCCGAAGCAAAGGCCAUUCACCACGUAUCUACCGGAGGUAUGGCGGUUUAGAUAUAUUAGUACAGUGCAUGUGUAUGUGUAUGUCUGA